AUGGAGUCAUCAACAUCACCUAACAUAACCACAGAACGUUUAGACACCACUACAUCUAAAUCAAACUCACUCGUCACUGAUUUGGCAUCUAUAGAUGAAGGACACACUCACAUCUCUAAACUAACAAUUGAGUCAGUCACCAUGGAGACGUCAGCAUCACCUAACUCACCAACAUACAAUGUAGACACUGCUACAUCUAAAUUAAAUUCACCAACCAUUGAUUUGGCAUUUAUAGAUGAUGAAGACACACCCAUAACUAAACUAACAAUCGAGCCAGUGACCAUCGAGACAUCAACAUCACCUAACUCGAUAAUAGACGAUGAGCAGCUACUGCGACAAACAAAGAAACUUGAAAUCAAAAGACAAUAUCGAAAUUUACACAAGCCCUUAUUAAGUAACCCGAAAAAACACGAUGAUCAUAAAGUACAACAUACACAGUUGCAAGGUUUUCCAAAGGCAGAUGUAGAUUCGCGUGCUCCACACGGAGGGAUGCAAAUAACGAAUCCAUUUUGGAAUGAAGAAAACAGAGAAGACACCGAUCUGGAAUUUAUAACUCCCUAUGUUACAUGUGGUGAUCAUGUUUAUCCAGUUCUGUAUUCAAAAGUGAUGAGGUUGUUUGUCAUUUUCGGAUAUAGUAAAUCUUAUUAUUUGUUUUUGUCAACUAAAAUGAGCUCACAAAUUGUUGUGAUCAAGCAACUGAAGUUGGUUGUCUCCAGAGAACGAGACUCAUAUUGCAACAUUCCCAGCGCACCAAAUUUCGGAGUGAAACCUGUCAGAUAUCCCGUAAAUGAUACUGUCGCAGAGAACGUGGUGGUAACAUUCAGUUGUCUAGACAGUAACCACACAUUGGAAGCCGGUCCUUCUAAUAUAACAUGUCAAAGUGAUGGUAACUGGGCAGGAGUGCCGAAUCAGCCAGCUUGUUUAGAAAAAUGCGACAACCCCGGUCAACCAGGGAAUGGCAGGCAGGACACGUCCCCGGCUCCGAACUACCACGCAUUCACGUCAGUAACGUUCAGUUGUGAUGAUGGCUAUAGUCCCGUUGGAUCGGCGUCAAUAUCGUGCGUUCUUAAAAACUAUGAUCCCGGUGAAAGUGCAGUUCAGUGGAGUGGCGACAUCCCACAAUGCAAAGCUAGCUGCAGUGAUCUAAGUACGCCCUAUAACGGCAGCGUUUCACCGGCUUCGGAAAACGGCACGUAUCUCCAUGGCAGCGUAGUUCACGUGUCGUGCGACCUGAAUUUCACACUCGUGGGCAGUGACGAGUCUACGUGCAACAAUGGUGAAUGGACAAGUGCUGCUCCAACAUGUGCCGCACCAUGUGAAGACCCGCGAUCACUUCUAGGAAAUGGGACAGUCACUGUGACGUCAUACAUGCAUGACGGAGGGGCGGAGUAUUCAUGCAACGAUGGAUUCACACUGAAUGGAGCCGUUUCCAGCACAUGCGUAUACGGUGUAUGGCAACCACAGAGACCCGUAUGUAACGAUAAUAACGAGUGCGACAUCAAACGUUGUAUCAACGGAGACUGUAUUGACCGUAUUAACAACUUCACGUGUGACUGUGACGUAGGAUAUACUGGGUAUAUAUGUGACAAUGAAAUCGAUGAAUGCGACCCUGACCCUUGUCAAAAUAGUGGAACUUGUACCGAUCUGAUUGCUGCAUAUAAAUGCAACUGUGCCGAUGGAUACAAUGGUACAAACUGUGAGAUUGAAAUCGACGAAUGUGACUCUGAUCCUUGUCAAAAUGGUGGAACUUGCACCGAUCUGAUUGCUGCAUAUAAAUGCAAUUGUACCGAUGGAUACAAUGGAACAAACUGUGAGAUUGAAAUCGACGAUUGCGAUUCCGACCCUUGUCAAAAUGGUGGAACUUGUACCGAUCUGAUUACUGCAUAUAAAUGCAACUGUACCGAUGGAUACAAUGGUACAAACUGUGAGAUUGAAAUAAAUGAAUGCGACCCUGAUCCUUGUCAAAAUGGUGGAACUUGUACCGAUCUGAUUGCUGCAUAUAAAUGUAACUGUACCGAUGGAUACAAUGGUACAAACUGUGAGAUUGUCAGUACCACAUUGCCUCCAACAAUAGUCUAUACAUCCUCACCAGUGACACCGACAGAUAUUCAAACAACACUGUUAGACAAUGCCACUAUGACCUUAGAAUCAACAUCUGCAAUUAUAUCAUCCACAACCCAUAGCACAUCUAUGCCGACGACGAAAUCAGGUACGACAGAACCAUCUUCAAACAUGAAUGUGUCGAGUGAAACGCUUAGCCCAGAGACAACAACAACAUCAGCGGAUGGAUCUUCAACUCCUCAAGAAAAUGAUACUACACACACCAGCAUUAUGUCAACAACACUAACCAUACCACCUGCAUCUGGUACACAGGCUAGUACGUUGCCCUGGACAACUUUACCACGGUUUACUGUAAAUUUGCAAUCAACAUCUCCAGUCGAAAACAAUGUGACCACGAAUGCAACUACACUGGAAAUUACUUCACAGACACCAGUUCCAACUACGACAAACGUGACAAGCAGAGAAUCUACCCAGCCUAUGAAUUCUACAACUGUUUCUCCAACUAAUCAGCCGAUCACAGCUACAACAUUAGACAGUUCAACUCAGAUACCAACAGAUAAUAUGUCCUCAAUAACACCCCCUCAUUCAACCGUGACAGGGGACCUAAAGUCUACUUCGGUAAAGUCUACCACUCAUUCAGGUCAGACUAUCCAGACAAACACAUCACCAACAGUAGUGAGUGGAUCCACAGCACAACACACAGUAGUGAGCGAGUCAUCGUCACCAAUAGUAACAACACCCCAUGUACAAAGCACUAUAACAACUCCAGCAGUGUCAACAGGAACUCAUGAAGCCCAAACUACUGCAAAAGACAUUUCACAAGAAACACCAACCUGGUCUGGUGAGACACAUACAGCAGGGCACACGCCAACGCUAGUCAAAACCACAACAGGAACAACAACAAUGGCAAAAACAACUGCAGCAGCAAUACCAACAACAGAAUCACCAGUAGCAACAAUAGCAAAAACAACAGCAGCUGCAAUACCAACACCAGAAGCUCCAUCGCCACCAGCAACAACACUGACAAAAACAACUGCAGCUGCAAUACCAACAACAGAAUCACCAGUAGCAACAAUAGCAAAAACAACAGCAGCUGCAAUACCAACAUCAGAAGUUCCAUCGCCACCAGCAACAACACUGACAAAAACAACUGCAGCUGCAAUACCAACAACAGAAUCACCAGUAGCAACAAUAGCAAAAACAACAGCAGCUGCAAUACCAACAACAGAAUCACUAGUAGCAACAACAAUAACAAAAACAACAGCAGCUGCAAUACCAACAACAAAAUCACCAGUAGCAACAACAAAAGCAAAAACAACAGUAGUGCCAGCAGCAUCAACAAAACCACUAAUAACCGCACAAACAGGUGUAAACGAGUGUGCUCAAAACCCUUCGCCCUGUACUGGUCCACAUACUCAAUGUAUUGAUAAGGUCAAUGGAUAUGAAUGUGUGUGUAAACCUAGUUAUUUUGAGAACAAUGAUAUUUGUAAAAGGUCUAAAACCUUCAAGGUUGUUUUAAUCAUCCUGAAAUUCCGCGCGAUAACUGCGGAGUACAUCAGCGACUAUGACGACCCAUAUUCUGGACCCUAUUCCAUAAUAACAGAGAUUAUAUUGGACGAAAUAGACACGGUGUUGAAAAAUGAGUUCCCUGGAACAUACUAUGGUUCGGCCAUCAUUAGCUAUUUUGAAGGCAGUGUAGGUGUUAAUGCAGUCACUUACCUUGACGAAUCCACGGAUACCACGGCUGAUCAGUUACAAGAAGUUCUCACAGAUGCAAUUUCUGAAGAAGGUCUCAUCGGUGAUCUAACAAUAGAGCAAGACUCCAUAGAUGUCUCUGGUUUCGAAGACAGUGCCUGUGCCCGCCCAAGUGGUAAUGACUGUUCGCUCGACGCACAGUGUAAGGUCCGAGGUGACAGUUUCACGUGUGCCUGCAAAUCGGGAUACGAAGACGUUUCACCAGAUCCUAGUACCAGACCUGGUAGGGACUGCAGCAAAAAAGACUCUUCCUAUCUAUUGAUACUGGCAAUAUCGCUGGGGAUAUUAGGGGGCGUUCUUCUAAUCGCCCUCAUCGUCUUUAUAAUCAUCUGUAUACGAGUGACUAGAAAACAGAAGGGGAAGAGAAAAGUACCACUGCCAAUUGCGUAUCCAUACGGUGUCACCCAACCAAUGUAUGGAUGGCUGGAUGGCAAGCGCAAACCACGGAUGGCGUCUGACGAGGAGAGCUCCGAGGGAUAUGAAGAAACCAAAAGAUUAGCGCGUCUGCACGCUAACAUGGUGCACGCACGUCGAGAGAGGAAAGAUUUUCGACAUCAACCAAAUGGUCGUCGGCACACCAAACACCAUCGCCGUUCAGCAAAUGACAGAUCGGAUCGACAUAAAAGACGCAACCCAGAAUCUCUUACAAGCCAUGGUCCGUAUGAAGCUUCCCAAUUGGCUCGCUCUCAUACAGCAAAGGAAGGACAGCCCAGCAGAAAGAUUGAAUUGACGAGACCUUACCGCCUUUCAACUGGACCAGGAGUUGGUGUUAGAAGAGACCCUGAAUCAGAAUUUAUUACUCCCUAUAUUGCGACCGGGGACGAGGCUGCCCUCUUUCACUCGCGCACGUCAAAGGUUCCAGUAGACAGCGGCUUUGAAGUUGAUGCAGAUGAACAGGUGCAGUAUAUGAAGAAAAGCUUUCAGUUACCAGACAGAGAUUACUAUGUACCACAGGCACACCGAUCUAGUCUAACCAUGGAUGACCAGUUCGGGGUUUAA